UGACAUCAACUUCCCCAUUAUUCUUCUUUUACCUGGUUCAACCUGAAGUCGUGUUUAGGUGGAAGACAAAAAAAAUAAGAAUUAAAGGAGAAACAGAUACCGAGAGGGGAAUUCUACCUUGACCAUGAAGAUCAAUGUUGCAUGCAUUCCAGUCUUGGUCUCAGUAACCUUGGGUCUUGUUGAGGGCCGAAGUAGUCAUAACAACAGCAACAAAGAAACGCGUGGAGUAGCACCAUCAAGACAAAAGCUCUAUACAGCAGACGAAAAGGGCAAUUGGAAGUGCUUGGGCGGUUCGAAGACGAUCUCAUUUAAAGGCGUCAAUGACGACUACUGCGACUGUCCCGAUGGGUCGGACGAACCAGGAACCGCGGCAUGUGGGAACUCGUACUUUUAUUGCGCCAAUGUCGGACACGCGCCAGCUUAUAUAAGGACCUCGCGGCUAAACGACGGUGUAUGUGACCCUGAAUGUUGUGAUGGUACAGAUGAAUUUGCAGAAAGCGGAGGAAUUCGCUGUCCCAACAUCUGUCAGGAAGUAGGAGCAGAGGCCAGAGCAGAGCGUGAACGCGUACGUAAAGUUGUAAAAGAAGGAAGCAAGAUCAGGGAGGAAUAUAUUUCCUAUGGAAAGGGUCUCAAGGAUCGGCUUCAGAUUCAAUUGACGGAUCUGCAGAAAAAGGAAGAGCAGAUAAAAAAAGCUGCAUCUGAUGCACAAGAUGCUCUUGAUAAGGCAAAGGUAAAACAACAAGAGUUCCUAGAAAGUAGCAAGGCAGAUCGCGAGGCAGCCAGGGAUCGCCAGUUAGCGCCUUUGAUCGAGCAACAAGCCCAGAGAUUGAAUCGUGCCAAAACCAUCAAAACUCUUUUGCGUUCGACCCUUGAGGAGCUUAAGGAAAACCAUAACAAGAACUAUCAUGACCUCGCUGUAAAGAAUACUGUCACUGGCUUCGAUGAAUACCUUGAAGACCUGAAGAAGCGGGAAGAAGAAGACGAAGAAGCUGCUGCUGCAAACUAUCAAAACGAAGGAGAAGGAGGCAAAAAAGAGCUAACUGCAAUCCAGCAGCUUUAUGAAGCAAUGGAUCAAGCCUAUGAAGCCAAAAAGGAGAUUGGAAGAAUGUUCCAGUUGCUCAAAGCAAUGAAAGAAGGAUACAACACUGAAUACAACGAUAAAGCGGUCCUGAAAGCGAUUAAGAUCAUGGAUGACUUUUCACCUUCAUGGUUGGAUGAGCAAAAUGAGUUUGUUGGCGAAGAACCUAUCGAAAUCCCCCCGGAGGAUAUGGAAGUCCCUGUGGCUCAAGUCAAACAGCAAGCAAGUACUCUUGACAAGUUUUACGACUAUACUCAAUACUUGGCAAAGUCUGUAGGUCUGGGGUCCCUAUUCAAGCCAACCAAGUCAGAGAUAGAAUCGACACAAGAGACGUACAAUAAGGCCUCGGAAGACGAGAGGAAAAUCAAAGAGGAGAUUGAGGCUAUAGAGCGGAAACUACGCAUGAAUUAUGGUCCAGAUGAGGCCUUUGCAAAACUCGUCGAUCAGUGCUUCGACUAUAUUGACACAGAGUACACUUAUACACUAUGCUUGUUUGGUAAUGCGAAGCAAAAAUCCCAUUCGGACACAUUUCUUGGCAAAUUCUCAUCUUGGCUCGGCGAAAAGUACGAUACUCAGUUGUACACAGAAGGAACAAGAUGCUGGAACGGACCAGAAAGAUCCGUCAAGGUGAUGAUGAGCUGUGGAUCGGUCAACGAGCUUGUGGCAGUCUCUGAACCCGAGAAAUGUGAGUAUCUGUUCAAGUUCAGGACGCCAGCUGUGUGCCAAUUUGACCCGAAGACUGAUUUACUAGAACACAACCGUGAUGUUGUUCCUGAAGCUCCCUUCCCUGGCUCGGUCUCUGAGGAGUUAAAGGAGGAAGAAGAAAAACCGAGCAAGAAACACGAUGAGCUCUAGAGAGACAUUUGUCUAUAACGACGAUAAUAAUGAUUUGAUAAAUAAAAAGAGUUGACUUUC